UUUAUUUCCAUUAACUGUCUUGUAUGACAAUAUCAAGCACCCCCUGCGGAGCGCUGAUAACGCGCGCGGGGUGAACGAUAACACAUCAGACAACUGCACCUAUUCACUCCUAUCGCGCGACAACCACCGCCACGCGUGGAGUCCUGAGUGAAAACCGAUCUGUGGAAAAUUGGAGAGGAAAUAGUCUUCCCGGGAUCAGCGUGGCCGUAUAGAAUUACGGUGGAGGCCCCUCCCCCUGUCUGGCUCGCUCUUUUUUUCUCAACCUCUCGGUUGGCUUUCCGAGAGGGCUCGAUCCUACUCACGCUCAGAGCGCUGAGAAAUAGCAGGCAGAAGAUGGCUGACUCUACCGGGCACGGUGAGCCCACAGCAGCAGCAGCAUCAACUUCACCGGGGCUUCUCACGCGCCUGCCAUUCGCUGCCACUCCGCAACUCUGAAACGGCCCCGCCUCGCUCCGGGCCCCAAAUAUUGACAGAGAUUUAAAGAAAACAUGGCUGAGAUGGAGAAAGAGGGAAGACCUCCGGAAAACAAGAGGAGCAGAAAGCCAGCUCACCCCGUGAAGAGAGAAAUUAACGCAGAGAUGAAGGUCCCGUCCAAUCGGCCCCUCCCAGGGGCGGGGCAGGCAGGCAAUCUCCAUGGCAACUCGCCCUACUUGAUGAGUUUUGCCGAAAACACCAUGAAUGAGUUGCUUGGAUGGUACGGGUAUGACAAAGUGGAGUUACGAGACUCGGAUGACAUAGAGAUCCGCAACUACCCUGACGGAGAAAUGCGGCAACACGUCUCUGUCCUGAAAGAGAACUCUUUGCCAAAAGCAUCCACAGUGGAGAACAGUAGUGGUUCUCCUCCACACGCCAACAGCUCUGGCUCUACUCCGACAUCACGGAAUGGAGUGAUAGCAGAGGCGUCUGCAAACCCCUCCUCCUCUAAGGAGCACGGAGGCUUGCCAAUCAUAGUGCCCUUAAUCCCGCCCCCUCUGAUCAAAGCACCAGCAGAGGAGGACACCUCUAAUGUUCAGAUAAUGUGUGCGUGGUGUCAGAAGGUGGGAGUGAAGCGUUAUUCUCUCAGUAUGGGCUCUGAACUGAAGAGUUUCUGUAGUGAAAAAUGCUUCGCUGCCUGUCGACGUGCCUACUUCAAACGCAACAAGCUUGGAUAUGUGAGGAAAUUGCAGUUUUUGUCAUGCACACCACAAGAGCCUCCAACCAAAAACCAAAACUCUAAGCCCACCCUGUGCUCGGUGCACCCGGGUGAACUGCUCAAGCUCAACUGCCCACUGCCCGAGGCGGCCGCCAUCGUCUGGACCAAAGACGGCUCCUCACUGGGCCCUGACAACCGCACGCUCAUAGAUCAAGAGUGGUUACAGAUCCGCGACGCCACCCCUAAGGACUCGGGCCUGUAUGCGUGCAGUGCCGCGGGGCUCCCGGGCCAGCGACACACUUUGCUUCAUCGUAAAACGUUACAGCUUAUGUCUUAG